AGCUGGUUGCUGCGCGGUUCACCGCCUCUGUGUUGCUGCAGUAGUGGCUGUGAUGGCAGGGAUGGAAGUGGCUCCUCUCAGGCCGUGGGAUGAUUUCUUCCCCGGAGCUGACCGCUUCGCCAAACCAGAUGUGCAGGACUUGACCAAAUGGAACAACAGGGUGGUCAGCAAUCUGCUCUACUUUCAGACUAAUUACUUUGUGGUGGCCAUCGUGGUCUUCCUGAUAGUUGGGUUCAUGAACCCUCUGGGCAUGCUCCUUGGUGGAGCAGUGGUCACCUUGGUCUUCAUGGGUUCUGUGUGGGCUGGAGAGAACAAGGCAGUGAUCAAGAAUUUCAAGAAGAAGAACCCCUCCCUGUUCGUCAUUGCUGUAAUGGGAGCCAGCUAUUUCCUGCUUUCGCUGUGUGGAGGGGUGAUGGUGUUUAUCUUUGGCAUCACCUUCCCUUUGCUCCUGAUCCUGGUGCACGCCUCGCUGCGGCUGCGCAGCAUGAAGAACAAGUUGGAGAACAAGAUUGAGGGCGUGGGACUGAAGAGGACACCUAUGGGGGUCAUCUUAGAUCUCCUGGACCAGCAGGAGGAGAAGAUAAACAAGAUCCAGGAUUUCAUUGAGAGCAAACUUAAGGACUGAACAUGAUGACCAUCAGCGUGUAACAACACAACGUUAAAUCUUAAGUGGGAGUCACAUUCACUCUUACCCACCUAAACCCCUCCUAAUUCUAAUGCAUAUCUCAUGUGUGAAAAAGGAAAGAUCUUCCAAAGUGUCCAUGGUUACCGCUAUUGAUUCUCCCAGUUUAGACCACCUAAGAUUUAUGUAUGCUAUACUGUAAAAACUCUUGGAGAUAUAUUUUUUUUUGUUCUUGCUACCUUUAAUAGGUUGUUAGCUUAUAUGUGGCAAUCAGUAUCCUACUUUAGCAUGUUGGGCUUCCCUGCGUAAGCAUGUUUCCAAUGGCGUAUGCUUCCCUGAUAUAUGCACCUUUGAUAUAUAACUCCUUUUUUGCACUUAAAUGUAGGUUUUCUCUUCGAAUGUAAAUGGAUAUAACAAUGUUAGAACAAUGUUACAACAAACAAUCAAGAACUGAAUAAGUUUUGAUAUAAGAUGAGCGUAGAGUUUUGUAUCUUUGUCAGGUUAAAUAUGAAGGAAAGCACAUUAGAAAGCUACAUGUUCCCUGGUAUUAUAAAAGAUUCAUGUAUUUUAAAGGUCAUAGUUAAUGUUACUUGUUUUGCUCUGUUACGGUGGCACUCGUUAGGUUCAUCAUAAUGACGCUGCACCUUAUACAGUGCAUAUAGAUCGCAUUGAUGGGGACAUGAUAAAAGGGAAUAGAAAUUUGUCUUAAGACAAAUAAAACCUGAUCAUUGUUUUAUUUUGAAGAUGGCAAAAGUGCUACCUCAAAUAGUCAAUUCCUACAUAGAAGUAGGACUCAAGUCAAACCCAUGCUACUUUUGCAUAUGCUGAUAAACUGGCAAGUGAAAUAAAUGCAGGUAAUAUAUCUAAUACUUCUCAAAAUGCUAUUUAUAUAAAUUUGUAUUUAUUUGUAUAAAUUCUUAUUAAAGGAUCACUUCAUUUAUUUUUUAAUAUAUGUAGAAUUCAGUCCCUGAGAUGCAAACAGUCAUUCAGAGUGGUUUGGUGUGAAAUGGUUCAUUGUAGAGAAACUUACCAACUCCGAUUUCUUUACAGCAGUGGUGAUAGGAACUAGGGGUCACAAUGUCUACAACAGAAAUAUAGCCAUUUUGUUUACUAUUCAGAAUGACCAGUGAACCAACACAUGCUCCUGAGUUUUUCUCUUUGGCGAUGAUGCUAAAAUAAUGGGGGGGUUCUUUGGGGUCUAUUUUGCCUUAUAAUGCCCUGCAAGUAGCCCUCUGCCAUUAAUGGCUUUUAAAAAAUAUUUUGGGUCAACAUUUUCUCUCAAAACAAUGUCUCAACAUCAGGCAAUGUAUUCGUAACUAUUUCAGGUACUUGCUAUCUUUGAGGGAGCUUUUUGAGGUGGACGUCUGGUUCCUAUCGCCACCACUGUGAACAAUUUUGACUUUUCAAUUUUGUUCAGUGUUUAUUUUUCAAGUUUCUUUAGAACAUUUCACACCAAACCACUCUGAACGACUGUUAACAUUGUAACCACUUAAAAAAAUAUCUGACAGUUCCCUUUGAUUUUACUUCAUAGAAGUAAAAUGUGGUUGGUGUAGUGUAGAGAUUAACACCUCUGCCUUCUACGCUGUAGACUAGGGUUCAAUCCCCCACCUGGGUAAACACCCUACACUAUACCAAUAAGAGUCCUUGGGCAAGACUCCUAACACUGCCUUGGCCUACUUGUGUAAAAUGAUCAAAUUGUAAGUCGCUCUGGAUAAGAGCGUCAGCCAAAUGCCAUAAAUGUAAAUGAAACAUGUUGAAUAGUUGAAUGUCCUUAUAACCGUCUCAUAAUGAGAAUUAUUAGGUAUGCUGCCGACAUUUUAAGAUGCUUUCACUUGCCAGGCUAUCAUGUCCUUAGCUUAUAAUCUAACAUUUUCACUAGUAUACUGGCAUAUUUGCUGACAUUCGUCAAUGCUUAUAAUAAUUGCAGAAUUAGUUCAUAUUCCUCUGUUAGUGGUGCACUUAACCACUGAGAGUGUCAUGGCAUUAGCAUCAUCUUAACUAAGGGAAAGUUCUCAAAGUGAUUCUCAUUCUGCCGUUUUAAGAUAGCAGUCGUAUGCAAAAGUUUAGGUGCCCCUGGUCAAAUGACCAAAGUGAAGUUUCUAAGUAAAAAUAAGUGAAGAUAUCCUGUACAGAGAACCCAUUUCUGCAUAUUUUAAUGCACACAUACUGUUCAUUUGCUGUAUUUAAGAAACUGGUCAAUAUGAUAUAUUCAGCAAAUAAAUAGAAAUGUGUGCACAAACAAUUGCAGAAAUAAUGCCAUAUUCAAGUGUGUUCCCUGUAGAUAAUGUGUUGUUUUCUUAUUUUUGCUUUAAAAAAAUCAACGAAACUAGUAGGUUGACGAGGGGUGUUCAAAUGUUUGCGAAUAGCAGUAAACUCAGUGUAGCUAUGCAAUGCAGGAAGAAGGAUUAAUCAUUAGAGAUUCAUCUACAUGUUUGGGUGAUCGUAUUACUAUUUUCUCUAAGACAUGAACAUCCAAAUAAAUGCGUGUCCAUUUUCCAUUGUGUAUGGCACCCUGUGUCAGUAUUCCUCAAACCAAACUCUUUAUUUUUAAUCAGAGGAUAUACAACUCCAUACUUUAUAUUUAUUGCUUAGAAAUGUUACAUCUGUGCAUCUACGAUUCUUCCUGAAACUCCUCUGUAGCUUUCAGCAGGCUUUUAUGUUUGUUUUCUCUUGUUUUCAUGAGAGUGGUUUAUUAACCCUAAGAGGGACCUUGUAUGCACUUUUGUGAUGCAGAUUUAAUAAAUGCUUCUGACAGACCGAAA